AUGGUGAAGAAAACGCCAGGUGCGGAGAACAUCCGCGUCGUGAUCCGGUGUCGCGACAUCCUGCCCUACGAGGCUGAGCGCGGCGACAAGGCCCUCGUGCGGCUGGACCUCGCCACGAACCAGGUCGUGGUGCAGCACCCGAUCGGCGACCCCGAUGUGUUUGCGUUCGACGCCGUCUACAACAACACCUUCACGCAACGCGAUAUUUUUCUGCAGGAGGUGCAGCCCCUGGCUGAUGCGGUGCUGCAGGGCUACAACGCCACUGUGUUCGCCUACGGUCAGUCGGGUUCCGGUAAGACGCACACGAUGACCGGUAAGCUGAGCCAGCGGGACACGUGGGGUAUGAUGCCGCAGGUGGUAGACUACAUCUUUUCGGAGAUCAAGAAGCUCAGCUCUACCACCAAGACCUUCAAGGUGAAGGUGUCCUACGUGGAACUGUACAACGGCAAAUCGCGCGAUCUGCUCACGACGAAGCAGGUGAACCUGGAAAUUAAGCAGAACAUGGCGAAGAACUUCUACGUGAAAGGGGCGGAGAUGCCGGAGGUGACGGGCUUCGAGGAGGCCAUCAAAUGGUUCAACGCCGGCACGGAGCGCCGCCAGACCGCGUCGACGGACCUCAACGACACCAGCAGCCGCAGCCACUCCCUCUUCACCGUCCAGAUUGAGCAGUUCGACUUCGAGAACGACCCCAGCUCACCCAUUGUGAUGACAAGCAAGAUUAACGUGGUCGAUCUCGCGGGCUCGGAGAAGCUGAGUAAGACCAACGCCACAGGUGAGACGGCGAAGGAGGGGUGCAACAUCAACCUCUCGCUGUCGGCGCUGGCGACGGUGAUCGACACAAUUGUCAAGGGCGCGAAGCACAUCCCCUACCGUGGGUCUCCACUGACGAUGCUGCUGAAGGACUCGCUCGGCGGCAAUGCCAAGACGGUGAUGUUCGCCAACGUGGGGCCGUCUGACAAGAACCUGUCGGAGACGAUUUCGACGCUGCGCUUUGCCCUGCGCGCGAAGCAGAUCGAGAACAAACCGCUCAAGAACAUGGACCCGAAGGACGCCCGCAUUCAGGACCUGCUCGACCAGAUCGAGGAGCUCCGGAAGCGGCUCGGCAACGUCGACCUGAACGUAGAGGACGACCUCCGGCAGAAGAUUGAGGAGCUGGAGAUUGAAAACUCUGACCUGCGCAGCGGUGGCGUGCGCAACAACGUCGAGCUGGAGGAGCAGUGCCGCACCCUGCAGGCACAGAUUGAGGAGAAGGAGAAGGAGGUGGCGGAGCGGCAGCACGAGCUGCAGCGGGAGAUGGAGCGGCGGGAGCUGGUGGAGUCGAACUUUUCGAACGAGUCCAGCCGCCUGCGCGACCUGCGCUUCUCGAACAUCACCUUCCUCAAGCGUGUCUGCUCCGAUGAGCAGCUGGACAAGAUCAAGGCCGGCAUGCCGCCCGAAAGCAUCGCCAAGACGACGCCGGAGGACUGGGACGUGAAGGAGAUCGGGCUGUACCUCCAAGGAUUCGCAGAGCUCUACGAGCACUGGCGCAAGGUCACCUACACAAAGGACGACAUGGAGAAGUACGCGCGUCGCGCCUUGGCGGACCUGCAGGAGCAGACGCAGCGGCAGCUGAACGAGGCCGCGCGGGCGAAGGAGGAGCUGCAGCGGCAGCGCGACGAGGAGGUGACGCGGCGCAACGCCGAGCAGGGCGCCACCUCGCAGCUGAAGGUGGACCUGAACGCCCUGCGCGAAGAAAACGUGAAGCUGCGUGAAAAGAUCGAGCGCGACCAGGAGAAGAUCAAGGCGAAGCUCGCCAAGACGAAGGAGGAGAUCAAGACGUGGCAGGACCAGGUCGAGUCCUCCAAGGGGAAGAUUACCGAGAAGGAACGGGAGGUCGAUCGGCUGCGGCGCAUGCUUGAGGAGUCGGGCGCCGCCGGAGCCGCGGGACUCGGCAGUAGUGUCCCCCAUGUUUCCCUCAGCAUGUCUGGCGCGCUGGGCGCCACCGGCGGGGACUGGGGAUCCCCCGAGGAGCGCGCGGCCAUCAUGCAGCAGCUCAAGGACGCCAAACACGCCAAGACGAUGUUGGAGAGUCGCAUCAAGGAAACGAACGUCUCGCUGCGUCGCUUCGGCGUUUGCAUCGCCGACACGCGUAGCCUCGAAGGCGCUGGGGCCACAGCCGCGAACGAGACGCAGGCCUUUGUGUUGGCGGCCGCGGACGAGGAGCCGAUCGACGGCGACGUCGUGGCGCAGCUGCAGCAGCAGAUCCGAACGAAACAGCGCCUGAUGGAGAUAAUGCACCAACACCACAUGAAGCUGGACGAUAUGAUCCGCAAGUACGAGCUCCUCAAGACGGGCCGCGUGACGCCGAACACCGAGACAGGUGCCGGCGGUGGCGCCGCGGCGGUGGCGGAGGUCGGACUGAGCGGCGUCGUAGCCAACGCGAGCAUCGACAAGGCAACGGCACUGCAGGUGAAGGAGCUGCUGCAGCGCAAGGAGGACGACCUGGAGGUGCUGCGCCAGGAGAAGGACCAGACGUGCGACAAGCUUGUGAAGAAGCUGAACAAGUCGGAGCGCAGGAUGAAGGAGCUUGAGUCGACCCUGGAAGAUGAGCGGGCCCAGUUUGCGGAGGAGAAGACUGAGAUGGAGAAGGAGGUGAAGGAGUUGCAGGCGUACAACCAGCAGCUCGCCGUCGAGGUGGAGAACGCGCGCAGCCAGGUGGAUUCGGUCAAGGCGGAGAUGGACAGCGCCGUCCGUGCGAAGGACGGCGAGCUGGAGUACUACAAAGUGCAGCUCAAUGAGGCGAACCAGCGCUUUGACGAGAUCCGCAACACGGCGGCCGAGUUCGAGGAGCAGCGAAAGAGUUAUCAGCGCCUACAGGAACAGGUUGCCCGCACCGAGGAGAUUCUCAACGGCAAGAACGAGGAGCUAGAGAACAACCGGCAAAUGGUGCAGUGGUCGAACCGGCAGCUGGAGAAGGAGAAGCAGAAGAACGAGGAGCUGGAGCAGACGGUGCGGGACAAGCAGCUAGAGCUGCGGCAGCAGGAGCACAACUUCCAGGCGGAGAUGGCAGACCAGAUGAACGCACUGGCCGCAAGCAACAACCGCCGUCUCGCCGAAAACGCUGCGCAGUGCGAGGAGCGCAUCGGCGAAGAGCGUGUCGCGCAGAAAUCCCUGCAGAAGAAGAUCAAAGCAGCCAAGGCCACCGCCAGCAAGGCCGCGCAGCGCUACGAUGAGAUGAUCCUGGAGAACGAAGCUCUUCGGUCGAAGUUAGAGGAGUUAAAGGUGGCGACCAUGAAGAUGUACUUGGAAAGACAGGAGGCGCAGCGAGAGCACGACACCUUCCGCGGUGGCAGCGGCAUGCGUUCACGCGGGUUGUAA